ACAUGGAAAGUUUGACAGAUAUUGCAAUUCAAGAUAUAAGGACGUGUAAGCCGGAGAUAAUUUAAAUAUCUUCAAGGCGAAGUGUUUAGAAACAUUUCCGCCAUACUUCUGUAAGGUUAUAUUUUGGGUAGUUAUCCAUCACUCACAAAGGAACUUAAGACACGGGUUCCUGCAAACGAUCACAUUGAAUAAGUUGUACUGUUUUAGUGGCGAACAUUGAGAUCGUGGGUUGAUGGAUCCUGGGAUGACAGAGUGUCAGUACAGUCAGAUCAGCACGGUCGCCUCAUCGCCCAUGGAGAGCCAGCUUGGGAAGAAGAUCCCCAAAAGGAAGUGGCAAACUUUUCCGGGCAGGAAUAAGUUUUACUGCAAUGGAAGGAUCAUGAUGGGUAGACAAACCGGUGUCUUCUACCUUACAUUGGUACUUAUCGUGGUCACCAGCGGGCUCUUCUUUGCUUUUGACUGUCCCUUCCUGGCCUACAGCCUGAGUCCUGCCAUCCCGGCUAUAGGUGCUUUCCUCUUCCUCUUCGUCAUGGGCAUGCUGUUAAGGGCCAGCUUCAGCGACCCCGGUGUGCUGCCCCGCGCCACCCCCGACGAGGCCGCCCACCUGGAGUGCCAGAUCGCUGACGAUGGCAUUAACAGCCCGGGGUCGGGGGGGUGCCGCUCUCCCCCACGGACCCAGGAGGUCGUCAUCAACGGGCAAACUGUGAAGCUGAAGUACUGCUUCACCUGCAAGAUCUUCAGGCCGCCAAGAGCCUCUCACUGCAGCCUCUGUGACAACUGUGUUGAGAGGUUUGACCACCACUGCCCCUGGGUGGGCAACUGUGUGGGCAAGAGGAACUACCGCUACUUCUACCUCUUCAUCCUCUCGCUGUCCUUCCUCACGAUCUUCAUCUUCGCCUUCGUCAUCACGCACAUUGUCCUCAGGUCCAAUCAGACUGGCUUCCUCAGCGCUCUCAAAGACAGCCCUGCCAGUGUGCUAGAGGUGGUCGUCUGCUUCUUCUCCAUGUGGUCCAUCGUGGGCCUCUCUGGCUUCCACACCUACUUGAUUGGCUCCAACCAGACCACUAACGAAGAUAUCAAGGGCUUGUGGUCGUCCAAGAGAGGGAAGGGCAACUACAACCCCUACAGCUACAGCAGUGUCAUCACCAACUGCUGCGCCGCACUUUGCGGGCCUCUUCCACCCAGUCUGAUUGACCGACGUGGCUUCAUCCAGCCAGACACCCCGCAGACUGCGAUCCAGUCCAAUGGAACCACAGCCUACGUGGCACCCCAGCCUCAGGCCCCUAUGUGUGACCAAGAUCAGUGCAUUCAGGGCACUAAAUUCGUUUUCCAGGCUGCCACCACUCCCCUGCUGCACAGCGACCCCAUCUCUUUGGGCUCUGUUCCGCCCCUCCUGGGUAAGAUCCCACUUGGGGUAGCCUGUUCGACCCUGAGCUACCCAGCUCAGCAUGCUGCCGCUGCCUCCAUGCCCAGCCGACCGUGGGAGGGGCAGGCGCUGGCCCACCGGGACCCGGAGCACGAGGCAAACCGCCAGCUUUACCCCCAGGCUCCUGGGCUGGGAGCAUAUGGUCCUUCUUCCCAGGACUCCCUGCACCAGGACUCGGUCCGAGGCCUGGUCAAACUGAGCUCCGUCUGACCUCUGACAGCACUCCUCUUGCUCUCCACAGGAAGUGACCUCUGACAGCUGCUUCCAUAGCUCCUUAUGGUCCUCCUAUUUAUUCGUGCUGCCAACAGCAGUGUCAGCAAAGCCCCCCCCACUUUAAGACUGCUUUGCCAAACAGAGAAUGGAUACCUGGAUCCUCUCUGAGCACUUUAGACCCUCAUAAUUAGACAUCUGCCCCCCAGCCCUCCCCCAAAGUCUGAGGAGGAAGACAGUAACUCAGGAAUGGGAAUGAGGAUAUCAUCUCUACUGCCAACAGCCAAAAGAAGCUCCACCUCAAACUGCCAGUCUUGAUGAUUUCUUUCCCACUUUCACAAAUGAAAACUGAUUGUUCCUUUUCGUUAUAAGAAUGGUCCCUGUUGUUCAUUGAUUAUCAGUCUCUGCCUUUUUCUGAAUAAAUUCCUCCAGACUUUCAUCAUUUAAGUCAACAGCACGAAUGAGUUUCUGUCUGAUGUUUGUAUGUCGUUGCUUUGCUAAACGACACUGUGCAAGUUUUCCAUCAGGUCAUUUCUUACUGUACGCAAUAAAUUGAUAACCUUUAA